UUCAGCCCUCACAGUCGUCAUGAAGGGUAAUAUUAUAUACACUAAAAGCAUGUUUUGUACCAGGCUGUAAGCAUGUUUUUAUCAGCUUUAAAAUUGGCCAAUUUACCAUUGCAGUCAGAAAACGUCUGAAUUUUCUGCAGUCAGCCCCUAAAGGCAAGUUGAUGAAUUGCAGUUUUAGUUACCUCCAUACUGGCUUCACAAGGGAGAGUGAGAGGUUGCCGCUUGGUUCAAAACUUCUAUGACUUUCUUUUUUCUGUUAAACAUGAAGAAGAUAUUUUAAAGAAAGUUGGAAAUCUGCAACUAUUUUGACUUUUCCAACUAUGUAAGUGGUUACAGGUUUCCAGCUUUUGAGUAAAUGUUACAUUUUUGAGUGAACUUUGGGUGAACUGUCCCUUUAAGCUGAAGAUUGUCUGAAAUUCUUUCUCACUCCCUCUCUGAGUCUAUAGCCCUUAUCUUUAUGUGCCAUUUAACCUUUGAAGCAACAAUUCUUUCUCUGUGUCUGUAUGUGCGUGAAUGUUUUAAGAUGAACAACUCACACACACCAGGUCAGACUGGAAAGAUCCGACUGCAUCUCUUGACUUCUCGCCUUUAUUCUUCAUAUUUUGGGUCUGUUUCAGAGUUAAACAGGUCUGAUGGAGGAGACACGCCGUAAUGUCAAAACAAGAAAGAAAACCCACUCACCGAAGAGAAAAGAUGAGAAAUUUUUGACCUGCACUCAGUGUGGAAAGAGUCUGAGCUGCAAAAAGAGUCUCAGAGUUCAUAUGAGGAUUCACACCGGAGAGAAACCAUUCACAUGUGUUCAGUGCGGGAAGAAUUUCAGACAUUCCUCAUACCUUAAUCUACACAUGUUGAUCCACACUAGAGAGAAACCGUUCACAUGUGUUCAGUGCGGGACGAGUUUCAGACAAUCAUCACACCUUAAUCGACACAUGUUGAUCCACACUGGAGAGAAAACACAUGAAUGUGAUCAAUGCAGCAAAACAUUUUUGUUAGCUCAAGAGCUCAAGAACCAUCUUAAAGUGCACACAAAGGAGAAACCUUAUUCAUGUUCAUUGUGUGGAAAGAGAUUUAAAUGUCAGCAAAGUUUAAAAAAACAUCAGAAGAUCCACACUGGUGUGAGAGAGUUUAUGUGCUUUGAGUGUAAGAAGACUUUUAUUAAAGCUGAACAUCUGAAAUGUCAUCAGAGGAUCCACACUGGAGAGAAACCGUACAGAUGUAAUCAAUGCGGGAAGAGUUUCAGAUGUUCAUCAGCCCUAAAUAAACACAUGAAGAUCCACACUGGAGAGAAACCGUUCACAUGUGCUCAGUGCGGGACGAGUUUCAGACAUUCAUCAGCCCUUAAUCAACACAUGUUGAUCCACACUGGAGAGAAAACACACAAAUGUGAUCAAUGCAGCAAAACAUUUUUGAGGGCAUCAGAGCUGAAGAGCCAUCUUAGAGUUCACACAAAGGAGAAACCUUAUUCAUGUUCAUUGUGUGGAAAGAGAUUUAAAUGUCAGUCAGGUUUAAAAAAACAUCAGAAGAUCCACAUUGGUGUGAGAGAGUAUGUGUGCUCUGAGUGUAAGAAGACUUUUAUUAAAGCUGAACAACUGAAACAGCAUCAGAGUAACCACACUGGAGAGAAACCUUACACAUGUGAUCAAUGCGGGAAAAGUUUCAGAUGUUUAUCACACCUUAAUCGACACAUGAUGAGUCACACUGGAGAGAAACCGUUCACAUGUGUUCAGUGCGGGAAGAGUUUCAGAUGUUCAUCAGACCUAAAUAAACACAUGAAGAUCCACACUGGCGAGAAACCGUUCACAUGUGUUCAAUGCGGGACGAGUUUCAGACAAUCAUCAAACCUUAAUAAACACAUGUUGAUCCACACUGGAGAGAAAACACACAAAUGUGAUCAAUGCAGCAAAACAUUUUUGAGUGCUCCAGAGCUGAAGAGGCAUCUUACAGUUCACACAAAGGAGAAACCUUAUUCCUGUUCAUUGUGUGGAAAGAAAUUUAAAUGUCAAUCAGGUUUAAAAACACAUCAGAAGAUCCACACUGGUGUGAGAGAGUAUAUGUGCUUUGAGUGUGAGAAGACUUUUAUUACAGCUGGAGAACUGAAACAGCAUCAGAGGAUUCACACUGGAGAGAAACCGUACAUGUGUUCACACUGCAACAAGAGAUUCAGUGUGUUAGGAAACCUGAAAACACAUGAGAGGAUCCACACUGGAGAGAAACCUUACGCAUGUGAUCAAUGCGGGAAAAGUUUCAGAUGUUCAUUACACCUUAAUCGACACAUGAGGAUUCACACUGGAGAGAAACCGUUCACAUGUGUUCAGUGCGGGAAGAGUUUCAGAUGUUCAUCAGCCCUAAAUAAACACAUGAAGAUCCAUACUGGCGAGAAACCAUUCACAUGUGUUCAAUGCGGGACGAGUUUCAGAUGUUCAUCAGAUCUUAAUCUACACAUGUUGAUCCACACUGGAGAGAAAACACACAAAUGUGAUCAAUGCAGCAAAACAUUUUUGAGGGCUUCAAAUCUGAAGAUCCAUCUUAGAGUUCACACAAAGGAGAGACCUUAUUCAUGUUCAUUGUGUGGAAAGAGAUUUAAAUGUCAGCAAAGUUUAAAAGCACAUCAGAAGAUCCACACUGGUGUGAGAGAGUUUAUGUGCUUUGAGUGUAAGAAGACAUUUAUUACAGCUGGGGAACUGAAACUGCACCAGAGGAUUCACACUGGAGAGAAACCGUACAUGUGUUCACACUGCAACAAGAGGUUCAGUUGGUCAGAAAAACUGAAAAGACAUGAGAAGAUCCACACUAAUGAGAAAUGUUUGACCUGCACUCAGUGUGGAAAGAGUCUGAGCUGCAAACAGAGUCUCAGGAAUCACAUGAUGAUCCACACUGGAGAGAAACCGUUCACAUGUGAUCAGUGCGGGACGAAUUUUAGACGUUCAUCACACCUUAAUCAACACAUGUUGAUCCACACUGGAGAGAAAACGCACAAAUGUGAUCAAUGCAACAAUAUAUAUUUGAGGGCUUCAAUUCUUAAGGUUCAUCUUAGAGUUCACACAAAGGAGAAACCUUAUUCGUGUUCUUUGUGUGGAAAGAGAUUUACACGUCAGUCAGAUUUAAAAGCACAUCAGAAGAUCCACACUGGUGUGAGAGAGUUUAUGUGCUUUGAGUGUGAGAAGACUUUUAUUACAGCUGGAGAUCUGAAACGGCACCAGAGGAUUCACACUGGAGAGAAACCGUACAUGUGUUUACACUGCGACAAGAGAUUCAGUCGGUUAGGAAACCUCAAAAGACAUGAGAGGAUCCACACUGGAGAGAAACCGUACAUGUGUUCACACUGCAACAAGAGAGUCAGUCGGUUAGGAAUCCUGAAAACACAUGAGAAGAUCCACACUAGACUAUAAAAUGGAUCCACAUCCAAAUGGAUGGAUUGUGUAGCAAGAGAUUUACACGAGAGUGACUUUUGUUUCUUUUUACAGUUUUUAUAAAAUAUUUCACAAACAUUAACAACAUCCAAAACAUCCAUCCAAAAUACCAAAUCAAAAUAAUGAUUAUGGGAAACACAGGCGGCGCGGUGAAUGAAUGGGAAACAGAAAGAUGAAUAAGAAACGCAUACACAAUCUAACAAGCAAAGAAUCUGUUAAAUGGGUGGUCCACACUGUGUAUUUUUAGGGUUGGUUGUGUUUAUAAGUUGUAAAGCAAUGUGUGCUCAUGGUUCAUUUGUAGAAAAUCCUGUUAUUUUUUCAGAUAUCUUACUUUGAUUAUAUACAGCUACUCAGCUAACAUGAAAAUGACUGUCAUAUUUCCUAGUUCCUUUGAAAGGCCCGCCAUCAAGAGGCUCUGAUUGGUCAACUAACAUGAUGGGCUGUGAUUCGCGGAUCGGCUAUCACAGCUUCAUCGGUUGGAGGAGUUUUAGCCAAAUCCAGCACUGAACUAAGAGACAUUCUUGUAGUUCUCCUUUGUCAAAUGCUAGCUAUAUCUUUUUUUUAUAAUUCUCUGGAAAAUAAUGAAAAUUAAACAGUAAGCACUUCUGUCUUUGUGUCGUGUCUUUUGGAAUCGCAAAUACAGAAACAGAAGAUGCUCUGUGGAAAUAGCAGAGACGGACGCCAUUUUAGCUUUCUCUGCUACAUUACAGUGCAUAACCUGAAGCCCUUUUGAUCUCAGAAGCCCAGGUAUAUAUUUUUGUAGUCCCCAAAUUCAUUUGCUGUAGGCUUUGUUAAGCUUACUCUGUAAAAGUCAAUGUAUCCAAUUGCAUAGAACUAUGAGCGUCUUACAUUCAGAGAUGCUGUUUAUGUUCACAGUUACGUUACACAUCAACUAAAGUUUAAAAUAUGAUAUCGUAGCAGACCACCUCUUUAAAAAUAAGACAACUGUAAAGAAAAAACAUGAACAAAAAUAAAUGAAUUAAAUAUAAAUGCCCCUGACUGGAUCAAUAUAUUUUUUAAAAAUCAAGCAUUUAUUUAUACACAUCACCGGUCAAAAGCUUGGGGUCGGUAUGAUUUUUAAAUGCUUAAAGCUUCUCCUGCUCACCAAGACUGCAUGUAUUUCAUCACAAAUACAGUACAAACUGUAAAAUUAUGAAAUGUUAUUGUACUAUAAAGUAACGGUUUAAAAGUAAUUUAUCAUUUAAUUGAAUCAUUUAUUCCAGUGAUUUAAAGAUGAAUUUUUCAGCUUCAAUACU